GGAAACAGCUAUAUCAUAUACGACUAUACGUAAUGAAUUUCAGCAAUGAUAUUGUUGUCAUAACAUGUCUUCAUCCUGACAGAGUUUACCAGUUUGGACCCGCAGAGUCUUACCGUUUCAUCAACAUUCCUCUGAUUGUGGUCAAUCUAUUCCUGCUCGUCUUCAUUAUUCUUGGUAAUAUUACUGUAAUCAUGGCAUAUUUUCGCAAUACAACACUCCAGAGCGUACCAAACAUGUUACUGAUAACUCUCGCGUUCACAGAUCUGUUCGUAGGAAUCGUAGCCCAGCCGUUGUUUAUUGCCAUUCUUGUCAGAGAUGUUCUUGGUGCCAAACCAUUAUGCUGGCUAGCGUUGCUGUCCAGUGUAACUUUAAAGUUUUGUGGUGGUGCAUCGUUUAUGACUUUAAGUUUAAUUAUCUCCCUGGAACGGUAUUUCGCCAUUUGUUACCCGCUGAAGCACCGUGGUUGGAUCACAAAAAUAAGACUAAAAAGAGCGGUUGGUGCUCUAUGGUCGUUUUUGCUUGCACUAACCGGCUCCCUGCUUCUCCGAAAGAGCUACAAAGCCUAUUUCAUGAUUCUUAGUAUUCUAACUUUCACCGGAGUUGCCUUAACAGCGUUUUCAUGCUGUGGCAUAUUGAUAAAAUUGAAAAUGUCAUGGCAAAAGAUAAUUCCAACUGUAAACAUUGUAGGACAAAUACGAGGUCGCAGCGCAGCAAGUUUAACCUUAAACGAUGUUAGAAAAAACGAUUAUAAAAUUGCGGUAACGUUGUUUUAUAUUAUUGGCGCUAUAGUUGUCUGUUAUACGCCAAUGUUUGCGGCCGUGGUAUAUGCACAGGUCAAGAGCAGGGAUAAACUGUAUCUUAAGUAUUUUUACCCCAUCGCGAUGACUUUGAUAUUUUUAAACAGCCUUUUAAAUCCCGUGAUCUAUUGCUUACGAAACAGAAGGUUUACAAACGCAAUACGGAAGUUCAAACGAGUGGCGAACAACAGCAAUGAGAAUAAUUAUGAGAUGUCGAUUAUGGCGACAGCCGUCACUAUUGAUCAUCAUUGAACCCAAAGGACAGGAUCGAACAUCUGUUUGAAGGAUUUUCAACCAAAACUAUUAUUGCAUUGGCUGGAAAGUUUCGGGAAAAC